UGUGGAACUACAACUCUGCCUCCAACUAUGCCAAGUCACGUGACAAGCCACAUGAUAGGAAAUAUGACUACCACAGGACCUCUAACAAUUAGAACCACAACCACAAUGAACACUUCAAUACCAUCGAUGUCAUCAACGACACCAUCAGCAACAUUUGUGAAUUCAACAAAAACAGUUACAUCACACUCUUCUAAUACAACAAGUGCACUCUCAAAUGUUAUAAAUAGUACAACAACAACUCCUCCAAAGGACAUUAACAAGACAGGAAUCCCACCAGUCGUCGGACGUCGAGAUUGGUUGUACUCGGAGAAGUUAAACAUGUACGAUGAGAAUGACGUAAAUCUAGGCUGCUGCACAACUGAUACCUGUAACAAGCAUCUUUUAGAAACCACAGCUAUACCGAUAGUAACACCAACUUUACCGGAGAAUGGUUGUUAUGACGAACAGGGCAAACAAGAAUGCGAACACUUUAACAAGCUAUUUAAUGUUUGUGAUAACAUUCAAAAAGCGAAGAAGGUCUGCAAGAAAACAUGCAAUUUAUGCGAACUUGUUGAUGGAAAUUGGUCUGAAUGGAGUAAUUGGACAAGUUGCGAUGUUACGUGCGGAAAUGGAACACGCAUGCGCGAUCGAACAUGUGAUAACCCAGAGCCAAAAGCAGGUGGAGAUAAUUGCACGGGGGAUGGUAUGGAGACAGAAGCGUGCACUGAAAGAAAUUGUCCAAUCGAUGGUAACUGGGCAGCCUGGGCGUCUUGGUCCGAUUGUAGCGUCACAUGUGGAAUCGGACUUCAAAAACGUAUUCGAAACUGUUCACAACCAUUUCCAGAGGCCGACGGUUUGUUUUGUCUUGGGGCGUCCAGUGACGAAAAGAUUUGUAUGAAAGAGGCAUGUAAUGAUACUUGGUUAGACUGGUCGUCAUGGAGUGUAUGUAGCGUGACUUGUGGAACUGGUAUGAAGACGAGGAGGAGACAGUGUAACAGCGCGAUGCGCUUGUGCUUUGGCGACGUACAUGAUUCAGCACUGUGUGAAGUUAAAGAUUGUCAAGGUCCGAUCUCAGCCUUCCUCACCAACGGAGUAGCAGUAGAUGGACCUGAAAAUGAUACCAUUUACUUUACAACUGUAAUAACAAAUGUUGGCGAUGAUUACAAUUCGUCUACCGGACAAUUUACCUGCCGGAUACCGGGAAUUUAUUCCUUCCACGUCAGUAUUGAAAAACAGCUGGACGUCAAUCAGGCGUAUUGUCACUUGAUGAAGAACGGUAACACGACAAUUUUCGUUGGGUCAAGGGCGGCGUUUAUACACGGUGACCAAUACCAGCAAGCUAGUAACACAGCUGUCCUUGAACUUAGUGUUGGUGAUUCUAUAUACCUCGGGAUGUGUUCCGAACCAAAAACGUUCACGGAGAAAUCAACUUUUAGUGGAACCCUUAUAGUAGCCGAGGAGGACAGCAAUAUCUAAUGACGUCAUGAAUUUGUUGUGUAUUUCCGGUGAAUAGAUAUUUUAUGAUAAGUGUUUUAUCACAGACUUGUGAUUUGAGAUAUUACAUCAUAUACACUUAACAAAUCCUAUAAGUGUGCACAUGUGUAAAUGGUCUCAUAUUUGUAUCAAUAUUGGCCCAAUCAUAUGUUGAAAUUUUCAAUAAAUAUAGUUGUGUAACAUCA